CAGUGGUUACGUUACGUUGGUUUGCAUGAUUUGAAUAGGCGAAUAUCGCGCGCCGAUAUCAGGGCAAUCAUAUCGGCUCACACUUGUUGUAGAGCUAGAUGUCUACUAGCAGUAAUCUAACACAUUACUACUAAGGCUCAGCAGGGAAAAUGGAGUAUUUCAAAAAAAUAGCUACAGGAUCUUCCCGGCAUUGUAAACCUAUCGACCAGAAGUAUUCUUAUGGCACCGCAGGAUUUCGUUGCCGGGCUAAUCUGCUAGAUUCUGUGAUGUAUAGGAUGGGAAUUCUUGCGGCACUUCGGUCAAAACAGACAAAAGCCACUGUUGGUGUGAUGAUAACCGCUUCCCACAACCCAGAGGAGGAUAAUGGUGUGAAGCUAGUAGAGCCUAUGGGAGAGAUGCUGGUACCAAACUGGGAAGGUUAUGCUUCUCGGAUGGCAAAUUCUAGCGAUGAGGACCUUGAGUGUACAGUGAAGACAGUGGUAAAAGAAGCACAGGUUGACAUCUUAGCACCUGCUAAUGUCUUUAUAGCCAGAGAUACAAGACCCAGCAGUGUAGUUCUUGCUCAGUCUCUAAAGGAUGGGGUCACUGCCAUGGAAGGUCAACUUACAGAUUAUGGAUUGCUUUCAACACCACAGCUUCAUUACAUGGUAAGAUGCUACAACACUAAGCAAGCCUACGGACAGCAUACAGAGCAAGGAUAUUACCAGAAACUGGCCCAUGCAUUCCACAGCCUUCACAAGCUGAAUGAUGCUGGAGGAGGAGACUACAGUAAUCAGAUUUUGCUGGAUGGAGCUAAUGGAGUUGGUGCUCUUAAAGUGAUGCAAUUUCUUAACCACCUAGAGACCUCUCUUCUUAACAUCACUGUCUGUAAUGAUGGAUCAAAUGGAAAACUCAAUGAGAUGUGUGGAGCAGACUACGUGAAAAUACAACAAAAACCAUCUUCAGGUAUGCCAAGCAAGGUUGCAGUAAAGUGUGUAUCAUUUGAUGGAGAUGCAGAUCGUAUUGUUUAUUUUUACACAGAUACAGAUCAGCGCUUCCAUCUUCUUGAUGGUGACAAACUAGCAACAUUGAUUGCAGGUUAUAUUCAGGAAUUACUUACACAGAGUGGGUCACAACUCAAAAUGGGUCUAGUGCAGACUGCAUAUGCCAAUGGAAGUUCCACAAAAUAUGCCUCAGAAACUUUGAAAGUGCCUGUUGCUUGUGUAAGUACUGGUGUAAAGCACCUGCAUCACAAAGCAGAGGAUUUUGACAUUGGAGUCUACUUUGAAGCUAAUGGACAUGGCACAGUACUGUAUAGUAAGAAUGCAGAGGAGAAGAUUCAACAAGCCAGUCAGGAUCAAAGCCUUUCAAAUGAUCAACGGAAAUCUGCUACCAUCCUGAAACAGUUUAUCGACCUCACAAAUCAGACAGUAGGAGAUGCCCUCUGUGACCUGCUCCUGGUAGAAACUAUUCUCUGGGCUAAGAGAUGGACAGUAGAAGCAUGGGAUGCAUCAUAUACAGACUUACCAAAUAGACAACUCAAAGUCAAGGUGGCAGACCGUACAGCUAUACAGACUACAGAUGCAGAAAGACAGUGCACCAGACCUGUUGGUUUGCAGGAUGUUAUCAACUCACUGGUAGCAAACUACCAAACAGCACGUUCAUUUGUCAGACCAUCAGGAACAGAAGAUGUUGUAAGGGUCUAUGCUGAAGCUGCUACGAGAGAACAAGCGGACAAACUGGCCUAUGAAGUUGCAGGGAGAGUCUAUGAUCUGACAAAGGGUGUCGGGGAUCGUCCAGUGGUUCCAACAAGCUGAAAUCCUGUAGACCUAAAUAGGUUACCACUACGCACUUGUCAAAGUCUGUCUUCUAAAGAGAAGGUUGGGUUCUGGUAAUGGUGAAAAAAGAUUUUUGAGCUCUCUCAUUCUUUAUACAUUUACAUGUACAUUGUAUGUCAUUUUGGAACAAUGUAAUAGCAGAAAUUAUCCUGGAAAAGAAUUACUCUACAAAUGCACUCAUAUUUAUAGUAUGACAAGAAAUAGCUGAAGUGUUCAGACCAAACAGUCAUGCCACAUGUAUGUUGUCCCUUACACGUACACAUUCCUAUGUGCAUCGCAUAUGACUUUCAGCAAUAUUGAGUACAUUUUUUCAUAUUUUAGUGAUUCCAAAAACCUCACAUUAUACAUAACAAUCAUUACUUAUGUAUUACAUAUCAAACUUUCCCAAUUUCUUCCUUUUAAAAUGUAAUCACAUGACCAGAACUCAACCUUAUUGGUAAGAGCUGCAAAACUCAUUUACAACAGAGUCAGACUUAAAGGGCAAGUCCAAACAAUUCUUAACUUUUAACAGAUGAAAGACAAAUAUAUGGUGUCCUAAUAUAGUCUAUCUAGGAAAGAACUUGAUUGGAACAUCCAUGAUUUUUUUUUCCUUUUCAUAAAAGAUUAUAUUUACUACCUUAAAAACUCACGCAAAAUUGCAAUUUGUGCAAUGCACAUGAAUUUUUGGUACCACCACCUUCUGUCGUUUAAAUUCAAUCAUGCGUAAGUUAUGAAUGAUAAGUAGUGCAUCAAUUGAAAGAAGAGAAACAGAGCUUUUCCAACAUAUAUAUCUCAUCAAGGAUAUUAUUAUCUAUGGUACAAAAUUUUUGCCAAGAAAUCUGAUUUUCUUUUUUCCACAACACACUGUAUAUAAUCACUAGUCUGGCUUAUUAGAACAUCCAUAUGCCUAACACAUCGACAUCAUGCAUGCAAGCUGUUGCGGGCCCUGGCAGGAACGGAAGCAGCUAGUCGAUCGUAUGCAAGCCUCAAAUCAGUAGGCAAUGUGAGGGAACUACGACACAGGGUUGUGAUCAAUUUAAUUUUGUGCCGUAAAUCUCAUUUCAAAUAACUAAUAAGAAUUUCUUCAUUAAAUUUGGGAACAUUGUUCUUUGAUUUAUUUA